AUGCCAAUUCCAACGCGCUCCAUUUCCCUACGUGAGCCCCGUACCAGUAAGCCAUUGACCACCGGGCGCUCCACUACAACCAAGUCUAUCCCUUCGACGACUUCGACGGCGGUCAGCGGCAAAUCCUCUCACCCCUACCCCGGAAAUGAGAACGUCUCAACAAGAAACAAGAGCCUUCUUCCGGUCCGUGACGAUGGUCGCUCUGCCCUAUCCUCUCGUAUCCAACAGUCAGUGGAGACCCGCCCGUCUCAGCGCCUGAUCAAGACCACGGAAUGGGGACCCCAACAGCAAGACGAGCCCUCUACACGUGAAGCGACCGGGGCAAGUCGUCGCCAGAGCCUCAUUCGUCCUAGUCCGCUCAAACCUACUGGACCUGUGAAGCCAGCCGCUAGGCUAACGACUCCCAAACAGGCCACUUUUGCAAUUGGCCCAUCGUCACCAACCAAGCAAGAAUCAGACCCUAGGCAGGAUGCACGGCCCUUGUCUCCCAAGAAAUCAGAUUUGCCUCUACCUUCGCUACGACCCAGUCGAUCCGCUUCGCUACGACAGCCAGUCAAGACGAGCUUGAGCGCGCCGCCCGCCAGUCGGGGCCACGCGCGCCAUCGCAGCCAGGGAGUUACGCCUAAUGUUAGUCGGUUUAUGGGAAAACUGGAGCCUCAAUCCCCGGUCAGGACGACUCCGAUUCGUCCGAAGGCCCAGAUUGCAUCCCAACCGCAAGCUUUGCAGUCGAAAAAGUCGGUCAAUCUAGCCUCAAAGCACGCGACUGCCUGCGCCUCCGAGAAUGGGGAUACAAGAACAUCGUCCUGGCCCGAGCUUUCGACUCUGCAAAUAGAGCUCUUACAUCUAAGCCUCAUACACUCCUCAACGCUCCAACAGAAGAGUUCUUGGACAGCCGAUGCCGCAGUUCAACUCCGGAUCGACUACAAUUCCGUGGCCAGUGAUUACCGUGUUGCCCUCGCUGUUGAUCAAGGUUAUCAGAGCAGUCUCAAUGGACAGGCACUGCAUUGCUGGUUUCGAAAUUCCAAUGAGCACAAUGGCCCCAGGGGCUUUGCAGCGCAGGUUAAGGUCCUUUCACAAGUGGCAGAAGAUAUGUACUCGAUGGCGGAUAGUCUGGAAGGGCGGUACACGGUCGUCGUGCGGGAGUUUGAAGAGUGGUUUCAGCAGGUGCAAGAGAUUCAGCACCAUCGGUUACAUCAGGGGUUAGGGAUGCCCCAGGACGUUUUCAUUGAGUCCUCGGACCGUGCUUGGAAAGAAGAAGUGUCGGCUUUAUCUACGCGACUGGAUUAUUGCUCGCGGCAACUGCAAAGCCUAGAUAUCCUGGGCUAUGGAGAGCUCGAGCAACUGGACAGCUCUGCGCUGUUCCGCAUGACCAGAAACCUCGAAGAGAUGGUGAACCUGAUGACUGAGGAGCUACAAGCGAUUCGUAAGAUUGAAGGCGAAGUCGUAAGAGCGGAACGGGCAUAUGUUGGUCAACUGGCUCGGCAGCUGAGCGACACGCCACCGCCAAAACAACGACUGGGACUCUGGAAACAGGCUUCCAUGCAAUCAUGA